UGUUAUUUCGAUUGCAGGACCAACCAAAGAUGGGCCGUGGGCGUAUGGGUCAUUUGACGCUCCCCCAGAGUGCCGAACCAGUCUUGUUUGUCAGGGGUCAUGCCAUUGCUCUCCCUCCCGCCCUCUCUUUCUAGUUUCUAUGAUGAAGCCAAAGCCAAAGCGCGCGGGAGAUCCUUUCUUUUGGUACCAAUAAACAAACAGAGCCUUCGCAGACAAUCACCGGGAAAACACACAGUGAUCAAUCAGAAAGCCAGAGAGAAAUGGGAGAAGGCAGCUGGCACUCUAAAUUCCCGGCAUUUCCUUACAACCCGUAUUCCAUUCAGAUCGACUUCAUGAACGCCCUCUAUCACUCUCUCAACCAAGGCGGCGUCUCCAUGCUCGAAAGCCCCACCGGGACAGGUAAAACUCUGAGCAUCAUUUGUAGUGCUUUGCAAUGGGUAGUUGACCGGAGGAAACAACAAAACUCUGAAAGAGCAGGCGAAUUUGACAAUAAUCCAGCAAAUGAAGGUCAGCUUGGUUCAGAAGAUGAGCCUGAUUGGAUGAGAGACUUUGUUAUGAACAAAGACAACAAAGUCGAGUUGAAGAAGAUUAAGAUGAAGAAAUUUGGUGUUGGUUUUGGGAAACCUGAUAAGAGAAGUAAUCAAGGAAGUUGUAAGGAUUUGUUUUCGUUGGGCUCGAAGGAGGAAGAUUUUGUUACAAAGAAAGAGCGAGAGAAUAUGCAAAAGAAAAAUGAUGCAGUGCAGUUGACUGAUGAGGAGUUCUUGUUGGAAGAUUAUGAAAGUGAAGAGGAAGGAGCUGGUGGGACGUCAAAGAGGAAGGCUGGCAAGGGUCCUCAUAUUCCAUCAAGUGACGAGGAAGAGGAAGAAGAUCAGUCUGAUGAGGAAGAGGAUGAGGAGAAGCUGAAGGUUUAUUUUUGUAGUCGGACACAUUCGCAGCUCUCACAGUUCAUAAAGGAAUUAAGAAAGACAGUUUUUGCUAAUGAGGUGAAGAUUGUGUGUUUAGGCUCUAGGAAAAAUUUCUGCAUCAAUGAAGGGGUAUUGAAACUUGGAAACUCCACUCGAAUUAAUGAUCAGUGCUUGGAGCUUCAAAAAAACAAGAAAAAAGAGGUCUCAAAAAUUAAGAACUUAGAUACUGGAGGGAGAAUACGCAGGACCAAGGCCUCUUCUGGAUGCCCAAUGCUUAGAAAGUCCAAACUACAAAGACAAUUCAGAAGUGAGGUAUCUCAACAAGCGGCCUUGGAUAUUGAAGAUCUUGUUAGCAUUGGAAGAAAGAUGGGAACUUGUCCAUAUUAUGGCUCCAGAAGCAUGCUCCCUGCAGCUGAUCUUGUGGUUCUACCCUAUCAAUCUCUUCUAUCAAAAUCAUCUCGUGAAUCGCUAGGCCUAAAGUUGAAGAAUAAUAUUGUCAUAAUAGAUGAGGCUCACAAUCUAGCUGACUCACUUAUCAGCAUGUAUGACUCAAAAAUUACUUUGAUGCAGCUGGAGAAUGUACAUUUCCACGUAGAGAGGUACUUUGAGAGAUUUCGCAAUCUGUUGGGACCUGGUAAUCGGAGAUAUAUCCAAACCCUGAUGGUUGUUAGCCGGGCUUUUCUCCAAAUUUUACAUGAGAAUGCCAGUUACGUAGAUCCAUCCCAAGACACUGAAAAGACUUACGGAGCAAAUGGUUCCUCUGAUUCCUCACUGGCCAUUAAUGAUUUUCUAUUUUCACUAGAUAUUGACAACAUCAACUUGGUUAAAUUGCUUCAAUAUAUAAAGGAAAGCAACAUCAUGUACAAGGUCAGUGGUUAUGGAGAUAAAAUGGCUAGCUUGCAAAAUUGUUCAACAAAGCAUGACACUUCGGAAUGUAAUGAGGGAAGCAUUCUGCCAGAUUUUCGGGCAUUAUCGAACAUGUUGCAAUCACUGACAAACAAUGAUGGUGAUGGGAGGAUAAUCCUCUCAAGGUCUCAAACAACAUGCUCCAGGCAAGGAGGAUAUAUAAAAUAUGUCAUGCUCUCUGGUGAAAAGAUCUUUUCUGAGAUUGUGAACCAAGCACAUGCUGUUUUACUGGCUGGAGGAACUCUCCAACCAAUAGAAGAAACAAGGGAGCGACUUUUCCCAUGGCUACCAACAAAUCAGUUGCAGUUCUUUUCUUGUAGUCAUAUUGUCCCUCCUGAGAGUAUUCUGCCAGUUGCAGUUUCCUGUGGCCCUUCUGGUCAGUCUUUUGAUUUUAGCUACAGCUCCAGAAGCUCAUUAAUCAUGAUUCAGGAGCUGGGGCUAAUGCUUUGCAAUUUGGUUACCGUAGUUCCUGAAGGAAUUGUUGUCUUCUUCUCUUCGUUUGACUAUGAAGGACAGGUCUAUGAUGCAUGGAAGGCUUCAGGCAUCUUGGAUAGGAUUAUGAAGAAGAAAUGUGUAUUUAGGGAGCCUAGAAAAACUACUGAUGUGGAAUCUGUUCUUAAGGAAUAUAAGGAAACAAUUGAUGCAUUGUGUGUUGAGGAAUCUAAAGGAAAUCCAGCUUCUCGGAGCGGUGCAAUACUCCUUGCUGUUGUUGGUGGAAAGAUAUCAGAAGGCAUCAACUUGAGUGAUGGGAUGGGUCGAUGUAUAGUCAUGGUUGGACUGCCCUAUCCUAACCCAUCUGACAUUGAGUUGAUUGAGAGGGUGAAGCAUAUUGAAGGUCUGGGAAAUUCAAAAUGCAUUACUUCCAAGUUUUCAGUUACUAACGAACCUUACAAUGGAGAUGUGGAGGUUGGGUUUGACAUCCUAAGAAGUUGUAGACGCAGAGGAAAAGAAUACUAUGAAAAUCUUUGCAUGAAGGCUGUAAAUCAAUCUAUUGGCAGAGCUAUUCGGCAUGUAAAUGACUAUGCAGCGAUUUUAUUGGUUGACGCUAGGUAUGGAUCUGAUCCCUCAAACAGAAACUUCUCUAAUACAACUAACAAGCUCCCACAGUGGAUAAAAGAGCGUCUAGUUUUCUCUACUCAAAGCUAUGGUGAAGUCCAUAGGCUGCUGCAUCAGUUCUUCAAAUUCAACAAGAAGAAAAGAGAGUGUAAGUAGAAUGGUAUGCAAGUUUCUUGGGUUGAAGGGAGAAUACGUUGCAUUUAUACUUGAGUAGGCAAAUUUUAUAUACUCUCUCUGUUGGUGAGUCUUGAGCACUUCUUAGAAGAAAGCCUUAAAACAAAAGUGGCGAAGCGUCUACAAUAUGGACACAUGACUAAACUGUGUUUAUAAAUUCCUGUCAUUUAUUAGAAGCACGUCUUGAUUUUGUAUUCUAUGAACUUAUGAAGUGUACUUCUGUGAGUUCUAUAUUUCUUGCCCAAAUAUAUAAGUUCUUAUGGUUUUUAUUUAUUUAUUUAUUUAUUUAUUAAUGAAUGAUUUGAUACAGAAU